AGCUAACUGUAUUCAUUAAGAAGGAGGACCGUUCUUCAUCCAAUUCUAUUGGUAAUUCAUGUAAACUGCUCUAUUGUAUCUGUUACUAAAUUUCCUAUCUUUUUUGAUUAAAACUUUUUUUCUUGUUUCUUGUUUUGAAUAAAGGUUUUCAGUGGAUCUUCCAUGUUUGCUAAUGCGAUUCGUCUUGUAUCCAACUCCAAAAAGAUUAAAAAUGAAUAUAACAUAGAUAAAGAAAGUCCAAUUUAUGUAGGCCCUUGGACAGUGUAUCCUGCUGCGAAACGAGGUACCGAUGUUGAGGUAUCGGUCUUUUCUUUUGAGAAGCGGAAUCUAUCAACGUUCUUAAAAAACUCUUCUUCGUUGAAUGCUAGUUUGAAAGAGAAUAUGAUCCUUGAAAAUCUACGACGUGAUGUUGGUUCGCUAUCAAGGCUUCGUCACCCUUCACUUCUUCAAGUUGUGGAACCAUUAGAGGAAUCAAAAUCAAGGUUAACUUUCGUAACAAAAAGAGUUCAAUUUUCUCUUGCCGAUGUUAUCUGUGUGUCUACCCCAAUCACUAGUGAUUCAAGCGAUCCCAGUAAUCCGUUUGCUUUGGAUGAAAUCGAAAUCCAAAAAGGGUUACUGCAGAUUAUGAAUGGUUUGUCGUUCCUGAAGAAUUCCGCCAAGAUAUUACAUUUAAAUGUACAGCCACGGUCAGUUAUAAUUGACUCAAAGGGUGACUGGAAACUAUGCGGGUUUGGUUUCUGUCAGUCACUCGAAUGUCCUCGUUAUGAACUAUUAGACUUUGACUUCUCAAUUCCUUCUUCUUUGCAACAAUGCUUGGACUUUUUGGCUCCCGAAUACGUUUUGCAUGAAAUUGUUGGUCCUGAGAACGAUGUUUUUUCUUUGGGAUGUCUCAUUUAUGCAGUAUUUAACAGAGGAAAAAGUGUAAUUAACGCGAAGAACCACCUUUUAAGUUAUGAGAAGGAAGUCAGUGAUUUGAAUGAUCGUUUAGGUUUCUACAUGAAAAAUAUCCAUUCGCAUUCCUUACGCUCCUUACUACUACAAUUACUGUCUUUGAAUUCGAAAGAUAGAAUAGAUGUUUCCUUUUUGGAAUCGGCAGAUUACUUCACAAGUGGGACCAUAUCAACAUUAAGAUUUUUAGAGGCUUUUCCCGAGAAGUUACAGUCCGAAAAAGCUGCUUUUCUAGAAUCUUUGGUAAACAAUUUAUCAGCAAUAAGUUAUCGGGUUCAGUCACAAAAAGUUUUACCCACUCUAUUGGAUUUUCUAAACGACCAAGAAAUAACUGCAUCUCUUUUGCCUUGUAUUUUCCAAAUAUCCAAGUCCCUUGAUUCUUCCAUGUUUAGCAGUAAAGUUUUUCCAAAAUUCUUGCCUUUGCUUUCUCACCCUCAAAAUUCCGAAAACACUGUUAUAAUAAUUUUGCAAUCUAUUGAUUGCUUCAAGGUAAAACUACCUCGCUCUACAUUUUAUGAGAGGGUGUUGCCUUUCGUUUAUGCAUGUCUUGAACAGUCUUCUACAAGCAUUCAAAUAUCUGCGGUUAAAAUAUUCAAUUACGUUCUAGAUAUACUGGAUCAGAAAACUGUAAAAUCAGUAAUAUGCCCUAAGCUGUAUCACUGCUUUGCGGUUACCAAACAAUUAGAAGUGAAAGUCGCUAUUUUGGAAUGCUUUCAUGUAUUUAUUAACGCAACGCUACUAGACUCGUUCGCAAUCUUAGACAAAUUAUUACCUUUGCUUGAAAAAGUAAAGACACGAGUUUCUGCCGUAGUAAUAGCAAUGCUGCAAGUGUAUGCUGAUAUCGGACGAGUGAUUCCAGAGGAGUCCGUUCAUGAACUCGUGAUGCCGAGGCUUUGGGUUUUGAGCGCAUCAACUGAGUUGACUGUUCAAGAAUACACACAUUUUAUGAGGGAGAUUCGAAAAUUAGGUGACUUUAUUCAGAGAGAGCAUAUAAAAAAACUACACUCUCACCUCUCCUCUUCUCCUUAUGAGUCUUCAAAACAUAGUACCAAGACUUCAAGUAACGCCAUUGCUAAUAGUCAGUCUUCAUACCAGGAACAAAGUCCUUUUAUACGAGCAUCUUCAAGUCUGACAACGGUCCCGUCCUUUGCCUCACACGCACCUUCUGCAAGUAAGGCAGAUAAGAGCUCUACAUCGACUCUGCCUUUCCCUCCUCUUCUACCUACUAAAAUAAACGAAAGCGGUACUCACCAAAACCAAGUUAAAAAUGAUGAAUCUCUAAAUGAUUUAGGGGCAUGGAAAAGUCUACUAUAAUAAGCCUAUUAAUUCACUUAGACUAAUACAUUUAUUUAUUGGGAUAUGUACGUAAAAAAAUUAUAUGAGUUUAGUCCUCAGCGUUUAAUAAAUCCAAAGUUUGAG